GAAAAACAACACAAUUUGGUGAGAAAACCACGUCAGUCUUUGCCAAAGCAAUUUAAUCCGUGAUAACCAGUGAUAAGUGGCAAGAAUGCCAGUGCUGAUUAGUUCGUGACCCGUUCGUGCUUUUCCACCAUGCUCAAGAGUCUUCUGGAAGAGAUAAAAUCGUCAAAUUGGAGGCGAAAAAUGCAGCUCUUCUCCCACUUUGUCAUCUUCUUCCUGGGCAUCUUCUGCUCAAUUCUUGUGAUAUUCCUCGCCAGGAACUACACUGUGGUGGAGAAGACGAAGUACGUGCUGCCGUCGGAGAAUUGGCUGCAAGUGCGAGAGGAUUUCCAGGUCAGGAAGUUCCUGGACAGCGAGAUGCCUGCAGAUUUGCUGGGGCAGAAGAAUGAGGCUCUGUCCAUCCUCAAGGUGGCUGAGGACUUCAAGAGAGACGGCAAGGAGGACAAGGCGCUCAAGCUGUUUGAGCAUGCCAUCGCUCUGGCGCCGAAGCAUCCUGAAAUACUGACAAAGUUCGGGGAGUUCCUGGAGCACUCGAAGAGGGACGUCGUCAAGGCGGAUCAGCUGUACUUCCAGGCGCUGAUCGUCAAUCCGACCCACGACGCCGCGCUGCUGAAUCGCCAGAGGACCGCCAACAUCGUGGACAGCCUGGACCAGGAGACGCUGACGGAGCUGGACAGGAAGAGAGACGCUCUGUCGCAGAUCCACGAGUCCAGCGCGGCGCUGCGCAGGGCCAAGAAAGAGGCCUACUUCCAGCACAUCUACCACUCCGUGGGAAUCGAGGGCAACACCAUGUCGCUCUCCCAGACGCGCUCCAUCCUGGAGACCCGGAUGGCAGUGGCCGGGAAGAGCAUUGACGAGCACAACGAGAUCCUGGGACUGGAUUCCGCCCUCAAAUACAUCAACGCCAGCCUGGUCAACAGGAACGACUUCAUCAGCCUGAAGGACAUCCUGGAGAUCCACAAGAGAGUCCUGGGCCACGUGGAUCCCAUCGAGGGUGGCGUUCUGAGGACAACGCAAGUCUACGUCGGCGGACACAUCCCACCCGGCCCGGGAGAUCUGCAGAGUCUGAUGGAUCGCUUCGAGCAGUGGCUGAACGCGCCGCAAACCACAUCUCUUCAUCCAGUGAAACUCGCGGCUCUGGCGCACUACAAACUCGUGCACAUUCAUCCGUUCGCCGACGGCAAUGGCAGGACUUCGCGGCUGCUGAUGAACACCAUCCUGAUGCGCGCCGGCUAUCCGCCGGCGAUCAUCGCGAAGCAGCAGCGGCUGCAGUACUACGACGCCCUGCAGACGGCCAACGAGGGCGACGUGCGGCCGUUCGUGCGCUUCAUCGCCGAAUGCGCCGGCAGGACGCUGGACUUGUAUCUCUGGGCCACGGGAGGACUCACGCCGCAGAUUCCGCUGAUGGCGGAGCAGGAGGACGGCGGAAUGGUGCUGAAGAUCGAUCCUAUCGACGAGGGCAGUGGCCAGAGUGCCGUGAAGGACGCCGGAUGACGUCUGGAGAGCUUUAGUUUAGCAUUUGUAGUUAGUUUCUGUAUUUAUUUCUGCCGCUUUGCACUGGAAAACAUGCCGAAUUACCUCAAUUUUGCCACAACAUUAAAUGCAGGGAAAUGCACAAAAUAAUUUAUAAUUGCACAAUGUUCGAUUAAAAAUUUAUUAUUUGGUGAAACAACAAAUAUUCAUUUUUUUUCUUCAACAUUUAAUCCCAUUACAAUUUUACACAAUAAAAUAUUCUGUGUAUUUUUUUCCAUCAUGUCUUCUAUCAUAUAAUUAUUGUAUUAAACAUUUUUUUUUCUUGUUCCAUUAUGUUUUCUUGUGUAACAAAUUUACCAUAAUAAAUUGCGUGUGUCAUUUAAAUUCUAAGAGUCCAUGUUAAAAAGUAGGAUCACAUUCAUAUAAAUUGU